AUGGUCUCUGAAGGUGAUUGUGACGGACGACUUGCGAAGUUUGAUGUAGGAUUCGACGUGAAGAAUCAUGUGUUUCCGCUCGCUACAGUUCCCAAGGGUGUGUGGUUUGCGGCUGAGCCAGAUCCAGACUGCGAGGCCUACUCUCUGAUGGGGGCAACAGUGGCGCCCGGUUUUAAUUACACAGAUUGGAGCAUAGCUACCAAACCACAGCUUAUCGAGGCACUAGGGGGUGAAGGAAAUGUAUGCGACGAGUAUAUGAAAGUUGUAGAUAGACUGGUUGCUAAAGAUUUGGAAGAAACUGAUCGCUAA